AUAUUUUGUCUCAUAUUAUGGUUUAGUAUUUUUAACUUUUGGUAAUUAGGUGGGCUUUAGAAAGACAUUAUCGAAUUAUGGUUUAGUGACUGUGGGGUUUUGAGUAAAAAAAAAAUAUUUUUCCACAUUAAUUGCAUCUUUUGAGGGGUUAAUAGCAUUCUUGUAUGUGAAGGUAGUUGCCAUUGCCAUUUUAAAUGAUGUUUUGAAGCGGCCUUGUAGAGGAGAAAAUCAACUCUGUAAUUCUAGAAAACGGUUGCAGUGGUAAUCUGGCUGUACAUAUACUUGUAUUUAUCUUUAAUUAUUUGCAAUCAUUUGUAUUUAUCUUUAAUUGCUUACAGUUAUUUGUAUUUAGCCUGUUGAAAUUUAAUUCACUGAAGGCCCAAUCAAAGGCAUGUACAAGGGGAAUGGGGAUAGGAUUUCAAAUGCUAUAAAAAAUGCUAUAAAAACCAGGCACUUAUCAGGCACUCAAACAUAUAUCAACAAAAGCAGUUCCCAGUUUACUAUCAAAAAGAAAUGAAGUGUUCAUAUUUCAGCUGUCCAAAAUACUAGUAGGAGGAUAAAAUCAACGAAUAAGAAAUCUAAAAACACAAUUGUUGACCAAAAUAAAUCUAAAAACAAUUAAGUAUAAAACUGAGAAAAAAUGACUGUAAAACCAUUUAAUCAUUAGCAAGCAUCCAUGAUUAAAUUACCACGAAUAACAGUAAGAAAUGCACAUUGGGUAACUCAUUUAACAUCAGGGUAACAAGCAGCAGGAUCUUGAUAAUUUUAACAAAUCAAAGUAUGUGCCCCAAUGUGACACAAAGAUCAUGUAAUCUAAACUGACUAUGAUGCAGAAACUUGGCCCAGGAUGAAGAAUACCAUAAUCAUAAUAAUUACAGUGAUGAUGAUAAUUUGGAAAGUGCUUAGUUGUCCAGAAGCAUCAUGUUUCAUGUCAUGCAAAAGGAAAUAAAUGUUCUGUUCAUUUGCAUGUGUGCCCGUAUGUGCAGGUUUUUUUGUUAGGGGCAUGAAAUUGAGUAAAAUUGACCAAACAAUGGAAAUGGAUGUAGAUUUUUACAAGGCAUGACACUUGAGCCUUACAUGUAAAGUUUUCUGCCUCUUAUUGAGACCGGUUCAUUCUGUCCUCAAACAUAAUUGCAUCCUGAGAAUGCCAGCAUUCAGGUCUGUAACAAAAAAGUACAAGCACAUGAAUUCUCAUCUCCCUUUCUUUAAUUGGAAAAGAAAAUAACUAUUCAAGAACAUGACAAUGAAUUAAUUUCUCCACAAUAGUUAUGCAUGCUGCCAUCAUGCAAGAUAUGGGCAAAGGAUUGCUUUUGGAAUCAUGCAUGAGUGCAUGACAGACCCUUUCAACAUCAAAAUUCUAUCCACUCAAAUUGUGAUCCCGUCAUUUGUCUAGUGCAUAAAGAAAGUAGGAAGCCACAUCCACAUGCACUUAGUUACAUAUGUAUGCUUUUCAUUUCAUCUUGCAUAAUGAAACAUGUGAUUGAUUAUACACAGAGCAAAGCAUGAGUGUCUAGGAGGCAAGAUAGGUAUGGUUCCUAAAAGAUUAAAACUAAAGUCUCAUAGAUUUAUAGCCUAGUUUUUUGUGUGUGUAAGACACGUGAAAAGAUGAAAAUGUUUGCCAACAAAAAAAUAAAAAAAAAAGAAGGAAUUAAGAGGUAUAAACAUAAUUUUAGCCU